CAGAAUUGGAAGCAGAGCGGGCGGUGCAGCAAGGACUAACUGAGGCCCUGGAAGAGAGAGUUGGUCAGUUGGAGGAGGAGUUGAAGUGGGCCUGAAAACCAGGAACAUGGCCUCGGGUCCUUCCCAUCUACCUGAUUCCAGCAGGACCAGAAGCAUCGGUGUGGGAGAGGGAAAGGUGAGGAACCUGUCAAGGUCUUCUCAGUUCUUUCCUCAGAUGCCCCCGCAACCAAUGCAGUCCCAAUGGGAUCCACAGUUGACCCAUGGCAUGGAGCAGAUGCAAAGCCUGCUGAAGGAGCAGCAUGUUCUCAACAGCCCAGGCACCUGCGAUCAGAGGCCACGACCACAAGACACCCAGUGUGAAGCCCAAAUCCAGUCUCCAUCAUGGCCGCCUGAUGAUUUCACACGGAGGGAUCAGCCGAACUCAGGGAUCAGUGAAGUGAGUUGCGACCUAAUCGACUCAGGGGUCAAAAGAAAGAUUAAACUGAUGGAGCAGCAUGCAUCCUCUGGUCUGCAAGACAGGUCAGCCAAUAUGCCACGCUCCACAGCUAAGAAACCCAGCGCUGACCAGGGCAGCCACAGCAGGAGGGGCUCCAAGUUCAUGGGGGUGUCGGCAAGGUUUAAGAUAAGUGAGGCUAUUCUUACAGCCUGUCAAGCUUUAAGGACUUAUCUAAGGGAUCGAAAGGCCUUAUCAAGCAAGGAAUUGCAAGUCUGCCUCCACACUCUCCAACAGGAGUGGUUCAGCGUCUCAAGCCCCAAGUGGGCCAACGCCGCCAUGGUGGAGGACUACCUGGGGGCCUUCAGGGCCGUGUCCCCUGCCGUGCUGCACCACGUCGCCAACAUGGCCGACGGCAACGGCAACACCUCGCUGCACUACAGCGUGUCCCACUCCAACUUCGCCGUGGUGAAGAAGAUGCUAGACUCAGGAGUGUCUAACGUCAACCAGCAGAACAAGGCGGGCUACACGCCGGUCAUGCUGGCCACGCUUGCGGCUGUGAGUUCACCGGAGGACAUGCGCGUGGUGGAGGAGCUGUUCGCCAGAGGGGACGUCAACGCCAAGGCCAGUCAGGCGGGCCAGACGGCCCUGAUGCUGGCGGUGAGCCACGGGAGGCUGGACAUGGUGCGGGCCCUGCUGGAGCGUGGGGCGGACCUCAGCCUCCAGGACGAGGAAGGCUCCACCGCGCUCAUGUGUGCCAGCGAGCACGGCCACGCCAACAUCGUCAGGCUGCUGCUGGCCCAGCCCGCCUGCGACACGGCGCUGAGUGACAGCGACGGCAGCACUGCCCUGUCCAUCGCCUUGGAGGCGGGCCAUCAUGACAUCGCUCUGCUGCUGUACGCACACGCCAACUUCUCCAGAGGGCAGAUACCAGCACACAGCUCCUUAUCAUCACAGAAGCCCUGAGUACCACGGUUUUGAUACUGUUAUAAGGUACCUGCACGUCAUGUUGGGGAGCCUCCUCAGUCUCCUGGGGGGAAUAGUGGCUCUUAAUUAAAAUGACAUUACAUCUGCUUACCCGACGGUGCUGGCUCCCAUGGAUAUUUAAUACAAGCCCUUUCUAAGCAUAUUCAAGAUUUCAAGAUCAAAGCACUCGGCAGAGGAGACUCUCCACAACAAUAUUCACAUUUUCAGAAGGGCUGCACCGCAUAGCAUUUUGCACAUCUUGCUUUAACACGUGUUUUGAGUAUCAGACGUUGUUCUUUCUUUUGUUUUGCAUAGACUUUUGCAUAAAACGUUAAAUUGCAGUAAUGUGCAGUGUGCUUUUAUUUGAUGCAUUAAAGAGGAAAGAGGAACUGAAGCAUGCCAGCAUAUCUAUAGUACUAAAACAGUGUUCACCAUUACCUUGUUGAGGGGUGCCUUGUUUUUUUAAUAUACUGUAAAAAUAUAUGCACAGCAUUUAUAUCCCUCUAUGUCAGGUGAGCCAUUUGUGUGAUAAUGUGUAUGAGGAGGACAAAAAAAGAUUAAAAUAAUUGUGAUGCAUCAGAUACAAUGAAUCAGUAAUUAACAAGAUUGAGAUCUAUGUAUAUUCAUAUAAAGGCCAAUGUUACUAACAACCAUGUUAAUAAUACAAAAUUUAUGUUUAUUCCUAUGGUCAGUGGUCAACUAUCCUAUCGAAUUCAGUUUGAAUUUGUCUCCUUUUUUCUGCAUAACUUGAUGUGCAUACUGUGACUCAUUUUCUCAGCAGUGGCAAUAAAAUACAAUGCCAUUUGAGGUCCACCAUCAAAUUUUGCUGUUGCUAUGGUAACAUUCACUGGUGGAAAGUGGUGUUUUGAGCAAGUGAUUCGAGGGGAGAGGAUAAUGAAACAAUAUCUUCAUUGUGUAGAUUGACAUUUUGGUUGUUUCUUUCUAUCCAUAUAGAGAACCUAAUAGCUUUCUUGACACAUUGUUUGCAUUGACAGACAAUCAAAUUAUUUUAGACUGCAAAAUGUAUUUUUCUUCACCAACAAUAAAAUAUUGAUGCAAUUACGCUUUAAAGAAUACUCCUAUCCAAACUAUUUUAAACAUUCCCUCUACU